CCUUUGUCAAGCUUUAAGUUCAACGAUCAUUGCAAGCUCACCAGUCUAAUCCAACCACAUACGCAUACCAAUACCCAUAAUCGAAAAUGCGCACAUCCCUCCCCCUCCUUGGGGCCGCCCUCUCUGUCCUCCUCACCCCAAUCCAAUCCCUCUACUUCUACAUCGAUGGCACAGCACCCAAAUGUUUCUUCGAGGAACUACCCAAAGAUACACUGGUUGUAGGCCAUUACACUGCCGAAGAAUAUGACGAAAAGAGAAGAGAAUGGAGUAAACAUGGUGGAUUAACUAUAUUUAUUUCCGUGGAUGUAUGUUUACCAUGCCCUCCCUUUCUGCAAAUCCACAAUUUCAAUUUUGAAGCUUCUAUCCCGUAACAUUGACUAACAAGGCACAAUAGGAAAUCUUUGACAAUGACCAUCGAGUAGUAUUUCAAGCUGGUUCCGCCAACGGGCGCUUUACCUUCACAGCUGCUGACGCUGGCGAUCACAAAAUCUGCUUUUCUCCCUCGUCGACUUCUGGCUCUAGUAAUUGGCUUAAUGCACUUCAUCCACAUGGUGGCAUUAGACUUACUUUGGAUAUGGCAAUUGGAGAGACGAGUCAGAUUGAAAGUGAUGAUAAGGGAAAGAUUAAUGAUAUUGUGCAAAAGGUCAAGGAUUUGAGUAGUAGAUUGCAGGAUAUUAGAAGGGAACAGGUUUUCCAACGGGUAAGUGGUUUUUGUCUUUAUUUCCUACUUUCAUAAUGCCCCCUUCGUUCCCAGAUGUCUCGAAAAUCCCUCCAUCAUCACAGCUAUAUAACCCACAGAUUUCCAACUAACACCCUCUCGCCAUCCAUAGGAACGUGAAGCCGAAUUCCGCGAUCAAUCCGAAUCAACCAACGCCCGUGUCGUCCGCUGGACGCUCAUCCAACUUGUCGUUUUAGGAAUUACAUGUGCAUGGCAACUCUCACAUCUCCGCUCAUUUUUCAUCAAGCAGAAAUUGACUUGAUCCUACCCACACUUCUAUGUACGCUACGAAUUGGAAAAUGAAAUGGGGAGUGUUUGAUUAAUUUACUCGGUGCCGUGCGUUUACUCGUGUUAAAGCGAAAAGAGCAAAAAGGAUGAGCAAGAGAAAAGAGUAUAAGAUGAGAUGAAAUGAAAGAUACAACAUAAAAGCAGGCAAUAAAAGAAUUACAUGACAUUUUCUUCCUCUUCCUCUUCUGUCUCUCCUAUAUCUCGAUAUUUCACCACCAAUUACUUAACGAACAGCACUGAAAUAUCUUA